CCCAAGAAACAAUAACUGCUUCACUAGACCUGGAUCUAAUGCUACAAACGAACAGCUUUUAGCGAGUGUUUUUGUUGUUGUUGUUUUUAGAUCACCAAAGCCUUGAGGCUCGAAUCAAAACAGAGAGCAGAGACGGAAGUCGUCUCAAGAGGCCUUCAGUACAGGUCACCGAAAUUGAAAUCUGGCUGGAGCAUAGCAGCCUACUCGACUUACUUUCUGUUUCAAUAAUUUUCUUUCUUUCUAACGAGGUUACUACAAGGCUUAGCCUUUUUGUCUUAUCUGUGAUUGAUCAAGUAGCAGAUCUAUUCUAGGUCAAGCUAUUUAAAGCAAACUUGAUAACAGCUGGGAAGUGACAACCAGGCAGGUAGCAUCAUGGUUCUGAUGAAGGAAAUCAAACGCAAGGACUACCUGAAAGGAACCAAGGCACUGCGUGUCAGACAUUACAUUUUUGCAGGAAUGGUCGCUUUCACUGUUGCCUUCUGUGUUCCCCUGUAUUAUAAAGCAAUGAAAGACAUGCCUGCACUGCAAGAAAAGAAAAAAGAAGAAGAGAGAAUGGAGGAUGAAAAAGCUAAGCAGGUGUUUGAACUCAAAGCCAUCUUGCUUGACAGGUCAGGGCUGUCUGAGCCGCCCCGCAAGAACUGAAUGAGGAGGACUGUUCAUCGAUUUUGUCUGGCUUUUUAAGGUGGUUUUUUUCUGUAAACAGAUUUUUACUGGAUUUGUUCAUUUUGUUUUGUCUUUUUUAAAGUGAAUGUGAACUGGUAGAUUCGUAACAGCCAUUUCAUGUGGUGACAAAAACAGAACGUGAGAAAAAAAAGUGUACAUUGUAAUUAAAGCAGGUUUGAUUUUUUUUUUUUUUUCGCUUUUCAAAGCGUUAAAAUGUCCAGCCCUUUGGAUUCUUCUUCACAAAAUAAGAGAGACCCUAAGAAAGCUAUCUUUGAACCUAGUGCAAAGUGUCGAGCCCAGAAAUUAGCAGAGAAGGCAAAAAAGCUUCGAAGACCGAUUCUAAAAGAGGCAAAAACUCUCAAUGACUUGUGUGAUCAGGAUGAUUCCAAAGAUUUCAAGGAUGACGUAAAACCAGUUAUCGGAAGAUCGAAACUGAAACUACGAAAAGAGACGUCUACAGGCGAGACAUCCACAUCCAGCUGCGGAACCAUUAAAACAGAUGACGACUGUGUCGUGUUUAUUUGCGCUGAGAAUCCCACAAACUUGAGGGCCAAGUCAGAGGUAGUGGCGGGGACAUCUAGUGCAGGUCGAGAGAUCAGAAGUCUACACAAUGAAGAUUUAGCUGCCUCAGAGAGCCGCAAUGUGGCCAGGCCGCCGGGGCUCAGUGCCAAACGGGAGGAUCCUGGUUCAAACGUGCCGACGAAGAGGUGUCUCGUAUGCCACGCUUUAGUUGCUGUCAACUCCUUUGAACAGCAUUGCGUCACAUGCUUGAGGUCAAACUUCAGCAAGACAUCAGGUCAGCAUUGCGUCACAUGCUUGAGGUCAAACUUCAGCAAGACAUCAGGUCAGCAUUGCGUCACAUGCUUGAGGUCAAACUUCAGCAAGACAUCAGCAGCUGCACAAGUUCCCGAUGCAGAUAGAGUCCAGUGCAAGCUUUGCCGCAGGGAUCUUACUCUCUUGAGCUCCCAACUACAGCUGGAUCACAUGACCAAGUGCGCGGAGAAAGGAACUGACGACGGAGCCCCUGAAGCUUCAGAGCUCCAGGAGCACCUGGAAGCUGCCCGGGAUGCGGUCCUGCCGUGUCCUUUGUGUGGUCAGAGGUUCAAGUCCGAGAAGGGUCGUAAAGGUCACCUGAAGAGAUGUGCCAGCUCCAAGGAGAUGCCGGUGGGCCGGGUCAGGACGGUGCUGGAGCAGCAGGCGGAGGAGUACCGUGACAAGCUGGACAACGGACUUCUGCCCCAAGAUUUCUUCCCCCCGAAGCAGAAGAAGAAAAAAAAGGGGCUUGCGUCGAGAGCUGUGCCGAAAUCGUCACUGGAGGAAGACACGCAGCUAGCUUUGGCACUGUCCAACUCUCUUGCCGAGAGCAAGGAGGAAGAGGAAGCCGAUGGAAUGGACUUGCUGGAACGUGCCGGGGCUGAGUCAAGACUUGGAAACCCUCGGCCGAAAGGGAAACGGGGGAAGCAGAAAGAAACAACCAACCUGCUCACGUCCGUGCUGAGAGAGGAGGCCCAGCAGCGGAUAACGGAUCGGAUAGCUCGCUACAUUUUCUCGGUGCCUCAGGCGGUCAGUGAGCAAAAAACUCCUCCUUUCAAGAAGCGGAGAGGCCAACCUUCGGAGGGACCAGGAGAGGAAAAUACCCCUUCUCUUUGGUCGAGGGCGCAAGCGGGUGAAUUUGCCAGUGCGAGUUUGGCGGGGCUGGCUGGCGAUAAGUCGCCUUCUGCGAGUUCAGCCGAGGUGACAAAGGCGGAAGAGUUCUAUGUGCGAGUUCUCAUGCCCCCCAUGCAGGUGGAUGUGGUGAGGGCAGGCAGUAAGCUCAAGAAUCUGUUGAACAUCCCUGGUCGUCGGCGGACUAUCAAGGCCCUGGCUGAAGCAGAGGAGGAAGAUGAUGGAGAUGAAGACAGCGUGGAAGAUGAAGAAAGCGAGGAAGGUGAUGACAAUGAGGAAGAUGAGGACAGCGAGGAAGGUGAUGAUGAAGUAGACUCGGUGGGGUUCCCUGUAUCUCAGACUGCCCACAUUCUGGCUCAGUUGGCCGAGGAAGGAAUGAGCGACAGCAGCUGUUUGACCCAGGCGGUAGGCGAAGGACCGUCUUCUCAGACCGAGCGCCAGGCUGUGUCGUCAGAAGGCACUUUACGUUCCACACCGGCCCUCGCCGAGAUGCCGUCGGGGAGAGAAAACUCGAGUCCGCAACAGGAGCGAGUCAUGUCGUCUGCAAGUACCCCCAAUGAAAGUCUGCCGGGUGAGUGUUCCGUGUCGCUCGUCAACAAAAUCUGGGUACCUGAGGCCGCAGCGACUGUGCCGAACUGCGAUCUGUCGGUGGGGCGUGCGGAGCCACGAAACGGUCGCCAUUCGUCUCCUCAACUGACAUGUUCUGUCGUCAACGGUGAAGGGUCAGCUAGACUGACUGACCUCCAGAACAAGAACAGUCAGCUUCCAAGGCAGACAAAGCCACCGGCAGACAGGAGGAGUUCAGCGCCCGAAGCAGCAGUCGACUGUCGCAACCCGCUCCCGGUAACACCAGCACGGGCUGCCAACUGCGAGUCGAUGCCUCAGCAAAGCGAGAAAGUGCCUCCAGGCGUUGAUAGCAGUUCCCUAACAGACAAGUCUGUUCCCGCUGACCACCACAAAGAGCUGUUGCAGGCUUUUGCUUCUCUGGUCGGGAGCAGCAGCUAUAGUGAUAUUUCCAUCGCCACAGGGGACAAUCAGCACCUCUGUGCUCACAAAGUCGUUCUGUUCUGCCGCUGUCCAAGUUUGUUGAGGCUGAUAAUGUCCUGUAACGGACGAGACGAGAUUGAUCUCACAGAGUGGAGACCUGAAGUAGUUUCCGGCCUACUGAGGUUCAUCUACAGCGCUCAACUUCCAGAUGACCCUUCCCUGCGGGAGCAAGUGAGGUCACUGGGUCAAAGGUAUGACAUGCAGGGGCUUCCUAGCGUUGAUGCUGUGGUCAAGGAGGAGAAGGAGGAGAGCAGACGGAAAAGUGAGAAAGUGACAGAGGAUGUGGCAGUGGCAACGUCUCCUGAGGGGGGGUUCAUGGAUACCUCAGAUGUUCUAGAAUACAAGGAUGUCUUUGGAGGUUUGAAGGAGGAGAAGGAAGAGGAGAUGGAGACGGGUAGUUCAGACAAUGUGGAUGGCGAGGCAAAUGCUGAUGUGGUGCGGCCUCUCUCUCCGGUAAUAUCAUCAGGAGUGAGAGAUUCUUUAUUGGCCGAUACAAAUACCGCAGGCCCAGACUGGCAGGUUUCUGGGAGCGCAACGCUGCAAGGAGAAAGUGGUACAUCUGAAUUUAGUCGCCAUACCUUGGAAGGUUGUUUGGAAUUGAAAGAGUCAAGUUUGGGAAGUCUCACCAAUGUAAGUGAUGCUGGCGUGCCAUCAGGGACUCCACAAAUUGACAGUGAUGCUGGCGUGCCUUCAGGGACUCCACAAACCGACAGUGAUGCUGGCAUGCCAUCAGGGACUCUACAAACUGACAGUGAUGCUGGCAUGCCUUCAGGGACUCUACAAAUUGACAGUGAUGCUGACGUGCCAUCAGGGACUCUACAAACCGACAGUGAUGCUCCCGUGCCAUCAGGGACUCUACAAAUUGACAGUGAUGCGGUUACGUCGGAGGGAGCUUUGUCUCAGGCUGGACCUUCUGAAGUAGUACUCCAAGGGCUGAAGGAGGAAGGUGAAAAUGUUUUGGAACUGAAGCCUCCAUGCACGAAAGUGGAAAAGGAUGCAAGUACGAAAACUCCAAAGGGCAAUGCACCCAAGAAACUUACGAAAAUGAGUAGGAGGGAUCUUGCCCGCUGCAUCAAGAAAAUUUGUUCGGGGAAUGGGACUGGCAUGAAAGACGACGACAUCGGAAGAUUGGUCCUCAAGUUUGAAUCAGACAUGGAAAAGGGUGUUUUCAUACCAAACCUACUGGAUGGGAAUGACUGGGGAGAGGAUGUGGUGUGUACCUUGGUAGAGAAGAGUGUCUCGGACGGUGGUGGAGCAUCAGCAGGGAAUAGCAAGCCGCCUGGGACUAUCAUAAAUUCCGUGUAUCUUCAGGCUGCCUCAGCUUCAGCUGCCCGCUCACCUCUCUUCAAAUCACCGUCAAAAACCCCAACCAAAAAACAAACUGUCAGUCCAGCUGCAAAAACUAGAAAUGAACAAACGGAAAAAAAAACUGAUGCCCGUUCAACAGCUAUUACACCUGGCAAACAAGCCAAAAAACAAACUGAUUUCGGUCCACCAUCUAAAGAUUCUUCUAGCCCGAGUCUCAUGGCAUCUAAUCUUUCUGCAUCUUUUGAGCUGUUUAGUGAGGAUGAAGAUUUAACACCUGAUGCUGAUAAAGCAAUGAGUUUGCCUAACCUACAACUCUGUGUGUCGUCAAGUGGACAGAAGGAGAAGGAUCACUUCACUCAUUCUCUUUUUGAACAAACUUCUGGCAACACUACACCGACUGUGCAUUCAUCAACCCCAAAAGCUAACAAGAAAGACUCCAUAGACAAAGGAUAUCCAGAGUUUGGGCGCCCUGCCAUCAGUUCUGUGCAUUCACCAGAUAUGCAGAGUAAAUCUGGACUCGUCACCGGCCUCCAAACGCCCCCAAGUGGUGCAAAAACAGCAAGUUUUAGCCCGUUCAAAAAGAAAACAGUCCGAGGCUUGGCGCGGAAAUCCCCUGUCGUGUUGGCCUCAUCAAAGUCUAGUGUCGUGGAUGUUAUGGCUCCCCCCAGCAGCACAACGUCACCAUCGUCGCUCACAGUGGUCGAUUCACCGGCCAAGGGUCUUGCCAAAUAUGGUGUGCUUUCGCCUGGAAGGGUCCCUCAUGGUGAUGGUGGUGACCUGUUUACGAGCUCACGAGAAAGGUCAACAACUUCGCUGGACGAGUCGGGAGUGCCGCUGGAGAAGACUCCGGAGACUACACCUGCCCAGAGUCCUGGGUCUCGCACUCCCGACCGUGCUACUGAUGUGAGAGAACAGCAAGCAGGGGCAACGUCAUCAGCCACGCCAUCUGUGCCCGAGCCGUCGACAGUUAUGUCUCCUGCUGUGUCUGCUGGCUCCCUAGCUGCACACCCCAUCACUCCUGCCACCGAGUCGGUCAAUACAGCGGGGGUGCGAGCCGUGUCCCAUCCCCACGUACCCAGGAGAGAGUGGGAGCACGCCCGCAUUACUCUACCCCCCGGUCACGGCUCUCUGGAGACUGGCCGACCCUGCCCUCUGGCAGCUCUCGGAGAACGUCCCAGUCCUUUUAAGUCAGUGACAAGACCACAGAAGCUUGUGAAGAAGUUGUUCCAAGACCCGUUCCUCAGCACCUCCCCCAGUCGUUCGGCAAACCAACAACUCCCGAGUGAAACGACAGACUGUGCCGCUGGCUCUCCUCUGGACUUGUCCCUAGAACGCUUUAAGUCUGCGUUCAACAUCCCAAAACCUCAGCCUGUCAGGGACUCGGCGGAGUCCUCACGCCAGACGAUACGCCCAGUUGUUCCUCCUGCUGUCGCCGUCCCUGAUAAAAAAAGUAGCUCGUCAGCUUCAAAUCAAGCGCAAGAUUCCCCCAGCACGGCUAGGUUUCCUGCUCCCAAACAGAACCGCAACGGGGAUGGAUGUUCUGACGCAUCCCCUGCCGGCAAAGUAAAUAUUGUUUUUAGGGUACUCACGUCUCCCCCUGUGGCGCCUACAUCCAAACCCAAUGCCGGCACAGACCGUCCAGAAGGGGGAGUUGCCUCCCACAAAUCCACGGACACUUCAGUGGGGCCGCACCGUCCACUCCUGUCUUCCAUUUUCCCCCCUCGUGACAGAAGCAGAGAAACGCCAGUAGGUGGUGCGCUGACGUCGGACACAAGUUUGGACUCACUCCCCCCUCCCCCGACAAGCUCGACGUCACUCCCCCCUCCCCGGACAAGCUCGACGUCACUCCCCCCUCUCCCGACAAACUCUACGUCACUCCCCCCUCCCCCGACAAGCUCGACGUCACUCCCCCCUCCUUCAACAAGCUUGAGCCCUCAGGGCUUGACUAGACCACCGCUGGCCCAUGCUGUGGGGAACAGUGCGCUGAGCCGUCGGCCGCCUCUCUCUGGACAGGAAGUGGACCGAUGCUUGCUGCCCCUGAGCCAGAGACUGGGAAGAAGUACCGCUCUCACGGUUGGUGGCAACUUGACCGAGACCUUACCGGGAAAUGACUGGACGAGGCAGGUGCCGGAAGUGCAGGUGAGGAGACCAGAAGCUGAGCUCAAAAGUCCAGAGAAGAAACCAGCCAAAAAGGCAAGGAUGGAACCCUCCCCCUUCACACCGAUGGCGCCAUACGGCACUAUGAACACUCCAGAACUCAAGCUGGAAGCGGCCAAGAUCGGGGUUCGGCCAGUGGGCAAGAAGAGGAUGAGGGCACUGCUGGAGCAUGUCUACCACCAGACUCAUCAGUAUGAGAGCGACAGCGACUGUGAGAGUACCCCGGUCAAACGUCCUCGCAACAACCCCGGCCCGAGCUCGCUGAGCCUAGAUGUGCGUGCGGAGGAACCCGGGCCAUCGGCGAAGACAAAGGGGAUAAAGAAAACCACUGAUGGAAGUCAAGCCAAGUCCACAGACGCCUUGGGCAGAUCUGAACUGAAAUUGUCCAAAGGCAAAGAGAAGACGUCAGCGCAUCUGUCGGCAGGGGGUGAAGCAUCUGGCGUGACAAGUGUUCUGGUCAGUGCCGGUCCGAGAGUCCCAGCGGUCAGCGGAGAUCAGAAGGUCGUGGGCUCAGUCUCCGGUCCGACGAGGAGUUUGGCCAGCACCACUGGCAGCGAUGCUGUUGUCAGCGAUGUUGUUGUUAACGAUGUUGUCAGCGACGACGAUGGACUAGCAGCCUCUCAGGACUCCAGCUGCAGCGAUGGUCCAGACAUGGCAGAAGAAAGCAUUCUGCAAGGAUGGCCUGAUGAAGAGGAAGAGGGGCUCACUCAGUGUACACAAUCAAGCCCUGAAGCGUUGGAAGGAAGGAUUCACGAUAUCAUAGUGAGCAACAGAGAGCUCUAUGAGAAAGUUUUGAUGUACGAGCCUCUGGAGUUGGAGAAAGUGAAACAGCUGAUAGCCAGCGCUGGCCUCAGGAUUGGAAUGGCCAAACUCAUGGAUUACUUAGACAGCCAUUGUGUCACUUUCACCAUGAAGAACAUGAGCUCGCGGAACAACCGCCAGCCACAGAGGGCAGGAGUGGCCAAGAAACCGAGAAAACCGAAGAAAACCUCAGCAGCAGCCUAAAAGCAACAACAACAACAACAGUGCAAAGUGACGGAGAAAAUGCUUGUUGUAAUUCUGUGCCAGCUGUGAUUGUUGCUUGGAAUGUGUGAGUGUGAGCGACCUCAGUUCGGACAGAGUAGGGAGUUCUCAUGAAGGAGACAGACAGUGACACAAUACCCGGAGAGACUGCUUUUGUCCUUUACUACACUGAUGUCAUAUCCUGUCCCCGUCGUUUUAUGCAAGAAAAAUUCUGAAAUUAUACGAAAUGAGCCCAAAAAUGUGAAAUUGUGCGAUUUCGUUAAUUUUAACAAAGAAU